AGUCCGGCUAGUAUCAACAACUGAAGUGUAAUGAUUAAUCGAGGAAUAUUUCAAUCAUGGAGGAUCUGACGACUCCUGUUCGACCGCAGCAUAAAUUUAAUGUACUCAGUCUUCACAGAUAUCUGUCUGCCAAGUCGCUGGUGUCGGAUAAUGACAGGUUAACUGUCAGACAGUACAGUUCUGGACAGUCAAACCCAACAUUUCUCAUCCAGACACCUUCCAAAGGCUACGUCCUCAGGAAGAAACCCCCGGGCGAGCUGCUGCCGGGGGCUCAUAAGGUUGACAGGGAGUAUCGCGUGCAGAAAGCCCUUUUCUCUGCUGGUUUCCCCGUGCCUCAGCCCAUCUUACAUUGCACUGAUGUUGAAGUGAUCGGAACAGAGUUUUACCUGAUGGAUCAUGUGAAGGGACGCACAUUCAGAGAUCUUCGUCUCCCUGGAGUGAGUCCAGCCGAGAGGAGCGCCUUGUACGUGGCUGCAGUGGAAGUGUUGGCAAAGCUCCACUCACUGGGCCUGGCGUCACUGAACCUUGAGGGAUAUGGGAGAGGGCCGGGCUACUGCAGGAGGCAGGUGGUCACCUGGACGAAGCAGUACACUGCAGCCGCCCACAGAGACAUCCCUGCUAUGAAUCAACUGUCCGACUGGCUGAUGAAGAAUCUGCCAGCGAGUGACAAUGAAGUGACGCUGGUGCACGGAGAUUUCCGAAUCGACAACUUGAUAUUUCACCCAACAGAGGCACGUGUGAUCGCGUUGUUGGACUGGGAGCUGUCUACCACUGGGCAGCCGUUGGCAGAUUUGGCCUACUUCCUGAUGCCUCAUUACUGGCCUAUAAAUCUGGACAUUAGCGGCACAAUGGGCAGUGUUAAAGGAAUAGAAGGUAUUCCACCUGUGCAGGAUUUACUGUCCAUUUACUGCAGAUGUCGUGGGAUCUCGUCUGAAUUUCCGCCAUUGAAUUUCUACUUGGCAUUGUCAUUUUUUAAAAUGGCUGGAAUUGCCCAGGGGAUCUACGCUCGCUACCUGCUGGGUAACGCCAGCGCCACCAAUGCAGCUGUGUUCGGCAGUUGUGUGGAGCCCUUGGCCCAGGUUGCUUUGCAGCUCACUCAGAGGCCUCAGACAGAUACAACAAAAGACGCUCUGUUCCUCCAGACGGCGAAAGGUCAGGCCGUCCUCCAGCAGGUCAAAGACUUCAUGAGACAAUAUGUGCUUCCUGCCCAGCAGGAAGUCGCAGAGUAUUACUCAAAGCAUGCUCAGUCCCCACAGAGAUGGCAGACCCCACAAAUCAUCGAGGAUCUGAAGGUGAAGGCCCGGGAGGCGGGUCUGUGGAACCUGUUCCUGCCUUCGGUCAGCGGACUCAGCCAGCUGGAUUACGCCUAUAUCGCAGAGGAAACUGGCCGCUGCCUGUUUGCCCCCGACGUCUUUAACUGCCAAGCGCCUGACACGGGGAAUAUGGAGGUGCUCCACAUGUUUGGGAGCAAGGAACAGAAGAAAACAUGGCUGGAACCUCUACUCCAAGGAGAGAUCCGCUCGUGCUUCUGUAUGACAGAGCCUGACGUAGCCUCCAGUGACGCCACCAACAUGGAGUGCAGCCUCCGCAGGACUAAAGACGGCUACGUCAUCAACGGCAAAAAAUGGUGGAGCUCAGGUGCUGGAAAUCCCAAGUGCAAAGUGGCCAUUGUGAUGUGCCGGGGCAGCUCUCCAGAUGGGAGCAGGUACAGCCAGCACAGCAUGAUCCUGGUUCCUCUGGACGCGGCGGGCGUGAAGCUCAUCCGGCCGCUCACUGUGUUCGGGCAGGACGAUGCCAUACACGGCGGCCACUUUGAAGUGCACUUUGAAAACGUGCACGUCCCUGCGUCCAACAUUAUUUUGGGGGAAGGCAGGGGCUUCGAGAUCGCGCAGGGCCGUCUGGGGCCGGGCCGGCUGCACCACUGCAUGCGGGCUGUCGGCACUGCAGAGCUGGCCCUGGAGCUGCUGUGCCAGCGCGCCGCUUCCAGGCGCACGUUUGGAAAACAUCUGUACCAACAUGAAGUCGUCGCUCACUGGAUCGCGGAGUGCCGCCUCAUGAUCGACCAGGCGCGCCUGCUCACCCUGCAUGCUGCUCAUGCCGUGGACACGCUGGGCAAUCAGGCCGCUCGCAAACAGGUUGCAAUGAUCAAGGUGGCAGCAGCCAGGAUGGCCUGUAAGGUGGUGGAUCUCGCCAUUCAGGUGUACGGAGCUGCAGGAGUGUCAGGAGAUUUCCCACUUGCACAGAUGUACAUGAACUUGAGGACUCUGCGUCUCGCCGACGGGCCGGAUGAGGUCCACCUCUCCUCCAUCGCACGCUUUGAACUGAGAGAUCAAAUGAAGGCGGCUCAGGCGAAGCUGUGAUGGAAACAUCUGCGGCCACAGCAGCGUCACUAAACUGCAAGCACUUUAAUCUCGACCAAUCUUCCCCCUGAUUUUCUACAGAAACAAAAAAAUCCUGAUUGUAAAAUAUGUAAAAACUAAGUGACUGAUGUCUUAAUAAACACUACUUGAUUAA